ACAUUGGGUGUGUUGCGGGGUCAGAGGGAGCUGCUUAUGACGAUCCUUGAGGCCUGUGCCCACGACCCACUCGCACGUUGGGCGGUGACGGUGGUGCCGCCGCAGCGGCAACAAGGGCGUCCGCAAGAAAUCGCCCUGCAGGUGGGCGAGGAGGAAGAGGGGGAAGCGGUGAGGAGGACGACGCCGCGGCAACGUGACUUGGGCGUCAGCCGUGGGAAGCCAACGUACGCCGAUGCGGAACGGGUGCUCUCACAUGUUGCUGAGAAGAUUGAGGGGUACGAAUCCGGCGAACUGCUCAGUGUGCCAACGCAUGUGCACAAACUGCUGCAGACGGCUCAAAACACGGAGCUACUCGCUCAAAUGUUUGUGGGCUGGUCUCCGUGGCUGUAG